AUGGCUAUGGUGAACCAAUUGGCGUCGGUCAAUGUUGAGGGUCGGGCGCCGGGUGAGAAGGGAACAUCCCGCAAGCUACCGCAAGGGUCCGGCGAGGUGUGGAAAAGCUGCUGCCCCACUCGGAACCCUCAGGACCUAAGGGGCCAACGGCUGAUACGUCACCCGUUACCAGACUUUACCUUAUUCCAUCCUAGAGCCUCUUAA